AUGGCCCUAUGGCCACUAUCUCCAACCAACUUGCUCUGUGCGGUGGUCAUCCUGGCAAUGGUUGCCGUUCUCACUAUGAUACUGUUCUUCCAUGGUCUUUCAAUCUCUCAGAACACCAAGGUACCCAAAUGUCGACCAAAGCACAGUCCCAUCCACCUCCUGGUCGUCCUGGGCAGUGGCGGACACACUGCCGAGAUGUUCUCUAUGCUACGACGGAUGCAACUCAAUACAUCCAGAUAUAGCUACCGAACCUAUGUCGUGAGCUCUGGGGAUGACUUCAGUGCUGCAAAGGCGAUCGAGUUCGAAAAGAGUCUCCAAGGCGAAGAAGAUGUCCCGUUUUCCCUCCAGGGUGUCCCGGGUGCACCUCCCCCGCUACUGGGUGGCCCUCCCCCGUUCAUGGAUGGCCCUCCUCCGCUGAUGAGUGGUCCUCCUCCGUUGAUGGGUGGUCCUCCCCCAUUACAGAAUGCUACGCCCCAGGGCGUCCCGUUGCAGGAUACUUCCUACACCAUUGUCACCGUCCCGCGGGCACGUCGCAUCCAUCAGUCUUUUUUUACCGCGCCGCUUUCUACCCUUCAGUGCUUCUGGGCCUGUGUCCGCGUGCUGUGCGGCCGGUAUCCGAACCAGAAGCCGCUUCCUUUGUGUUACUCUCCAUAUCCUGAUCUGAUCUUGACAAACGGACCCGCGACGGCUGUUUGUGUCAUAAUGGCUGCCAAGUUUCUACGCUUGUUUAGUCGCUAUGCAAUAAAAGAAAAGAAACAAGGAGACAAGCCAACUGUUCAGGAUAUUCGGCUGCGCACUAUCUUUGUGGAAUCGUGGGCUCGGGUGACUACGUUGAGUCUCUCUGGAAAACUCUUGUUGCCUUUUGUCGACCGGUUCCUCGUUCAGUGGCCCGCAUUGGGAGGGAAGGCUGCUUGGUGGAGUACGAGGAAGACGGAGUAUGCUGGCGCGCUGGUAGACUGA